AUGGUUGCUGGCUUUGCACUGCUGGCAACGGCGCUCGUCGCCCUUCCCGGUGCCCAGGCUGUCGUCAACUACGCAUCCGAGUUUGUCGACCCCAAUUACAUUCUCGACUUCAAGUAUGGCGCCCAGACUAGUCUCGCCCAGCAAACCCUUAUUCAGUGGGCCAACCAACUCGGCCGCAUUCGUCCCAGGACCGUCCUCAACAAGCCAUACCUCGCCCCCUCGAAUGACCCCCACGACUACAUGAGCUGGGCUCCCUACUACUGGCCCGACUGCACCAAUGCUGGCAACACCACCGCACUUGCCGUUGACGAGAUGUUCAAGACUUGCAACUAUGUCAACCGUGACGGUGCCCUCAACCCCGACGCGCGUCUCAUCAACAACAUUGGAGACUUUGAUGACAUUUCAAACGCCAUCUUCUAUGCGUCCAUGGCUUGGGGUGUCACCCGUUCCCCGACGUACUCGCAGCGCGCCGCCUCGCUCAUUGACGCCUGGUUCCUGCACGAGGAUUCGCACAUGAACCCGCACCUCAACUACGCCCAGCUCAAGGGCGGCCCCUCUGUUCGUGACCAGAUGGGUCGCCACACGGGUGUACUCGACCUCAAGGGCAUGAUCAAGAUUGCUUCGGGCGUGCUCCUUCUCCGUAAUGGCAACGCGCAGGGCUGGAACGCGACCAUUGACAACCGCUUCCAGAGCUGGGUCCACAACUACACCAACUGGAUCAAGAACUCGCCUAUUGCCCAGGACGAAGAAAUGUCUGUUAACAACCACGGUACCUUCUACGCCUGCCAGCUAUCGUCCCUCCAGCUCAUCACCAACAACACCCAGGACGCUGGCGCGACCGUUCAAAAGUACUUUGACGGCCUCUACAAGAACCAGAUCAAGCUCGACGGCUCGCAGCCCUUCGAGUUGAACCGUACCCGUCCCUACCACUACCUCUCGUACAACCUUGCCGGUAUGAUCACGGCUGCUCGCAUUGGCGAGUAUGCUGGUGUCAACCUCUGGGACGCCCAGUCGGCCGAGGGCGCAACUAUCCAGACGGCCUGCGACUUUGCCAUGGCCUACGACCCCGGCAACGAGGUACCAGACGAGCUGUACCCGCUAGUCGCGGCUGUGGGUGCUCAUUAUGGCGACCCAGAUGGCAAGUACGCGGGCUGGCUCAACGAGAAGACGAAGGGCGAGUACAUCAACGACCCGUCGUUCUUCUGGACGCAACCCCUCUCAGACUCUGGUCGCGCCGUUCCAACCUUUAUCACCUUUGCCCGUGGUGGCCGCACCGGCACCAUCGCCCCCGGCACCCGGCCAACUGGCGGCACAAGUGCUGCGUCGCCGCGCUCGUCGGUCUCGAUGGGCUCAGUCUUCCUCCCCGCUGCGCUCGCCGCUAUCGGUGGCGCAUUUUACUCGCUCAUCUAA